GAUUCUGGCUGAUGCAAGGCAAGCAUUUAGCCACUGAGGCAUCACACUGGGCCCAAAGAACUUUUUCUUUACAAUAUUUCAAUGUCCACAGUGAGCCCAGAAAGAUUCUCCCAAGUGUUUCAUUUGCUAUAUAUGUAUCUCUUUAUGGACAUUCCUAUAACCUGUUUCUAUCUUACAGGGGCUUAAAAAGGAAACAUCUUUCUGGCCAAGCCUUAGAUGAUCAUGAAUUCCUGUUUCCUAACCAGAGAAGAGAUUCCAGGCAGAAUGAGAAUGUUGUAGCUGUAGUAUGUUUGUUCUUGUGUCCACAGUUCAAAUAAGCCUGCUUCUCUGAGAUGUGAAAAGAACCUGCAACAAGAAAGUUGUUGCCAACACCUCCGGGCAGAGCCUUGGGGCAGACAGAAGAGCCAGGAAUAAAGUCAUCUGACAUAGAGUAAGAUGGCCGUGCUACAGGACUCAUUUUCAUUUGGAGAUUUAUCUGUGGACUUCACCCGGAAGGAAUGGCAGCUGCUGGAUCCUCAUCAGAAGAAAUUAUACAGGGAUGUCAUGUUGGAGAACUAUAGCAGCCUAGUGUCGCUGGGGUAUAAGGUUGUGAAACCAGAUAUUAUCUUCAAGUUGGAGCAGGGAGAAGAGCCUUGGAUAGGAGAUAGAGAAGUUCCCUGUUCAGAUAAUACAGAAAAAGUCUGGCAAGUGGAUCAUCGCAUGAUGUGUCACCAGGAUAACCAAGACAAACUUAAAAAUAUGAGAAAAGAUUAUGAAUGUGAUGCUUUUGGAAGAAAUUUGGGCAUGAACCCUGUUACUUUAAGGAAAUCAAACAGUGAGAGUGACUUAAGUGGAUUGAUUUUAAAGCAUCAUUUAGAUUUGCUGAUACCAGAACCAGAUUAUGGGAGAAUAGAGUCAGAUGAUUUUACUGUGUUUGAUAAAUUGUUUCGACCUAGCAAGCCUGAGGAAGCUGAUAGAUGGUUUAAACACUGUGAAUUUGCUAAAUGUAAUCAUGAAAGCUGCAAAAAGUCCCAGAUUGUCAUAUAUCACAGAACUCGAUUAGGGGAGAAACUCUACGAAUGCAGUCAGUGUAGGAAACGCUUUAGUAAGAAAUCAAGUCUCAUUAGACAUCAGAACAGACAUGUCAGAGAAAUAGCCUAUGGCUGUGGUAACUGUGGCAAAACCUUUCUCCAGAAGUCACAGUUUGUGACACAUCACAGAACUCAUACAGGAGAGAAACCAUAUGAUUGUAGCCAGUGUGGGAAAGCCUUCUCUCAGAAGUCCCAGCUCACAUCCCAUCAGAGGACACAUACAGGCGAGAAACCCUAUGAAUGUGGAGAGUGUGGAAAAGCAUUCUCCCGGAAGUCUCAUCUCAUAUCCCAUUGGAGGACACACACAGGAGAAAAGCCCUAUGGAUGCAAUGAAUGUGGGAGAGCCUUCAGUGAAAAGUCAAAUCUGAUUAACCAUCAGAGAAUUCACACAGGAGAGAAACCUUUUGAAUGCAGGGAUUGCGGGAAAGCCUUUAGUAGGAAGUCACAACUUGUUACACAUCACAGGACUCACACAGGAACAAAGCCCUAUGGAUGUAGUGAUUGCAGAAAAGCUUUCUUUGAGAAGUCAGAGCUUAUUAGGCAUCAGACUAUCCAUACUGGAGAGAAACCUUACGAAUGCAGUGAAUGUAGGAAAGCAUUUAGGGAGCGGUCAAGUCUCAUUAAUCAUCAGAGAACUCAUACAGGAGAGAAACCGCAUGGGUGCAUCCAGUGUGGGAAAGCCUUCUCUCAGAAGUCCCAUCUCAUAUCACAUCAGAUGACACACACAGGGGAAAAGCCAUAUGUAUGCAGCAAAUGUGGGAAAGCUUUCAGUAGGAAAUCUCAGCUUGUUAGGCACCAGAGAACUCAUACAGGAGAAAAGCCCUAUGAAUGCAGCGAAUGUGGGAAAGCUUUCAGUGAAAAGCUAAGUCUCACUAACCAUCAGAGAAUUCAUACAGGAGAAAAACCCUAUGUGUGCAGUGUGUGUGGGAGAGCUUUUUGUCAGAAGUCGCAUCUCAUAUCACAUCAGCGGACACACACAGGGGAGAAACCCUACGAGUGCACUGAGUGUGGGAAAGCCUUUGGUGAGAAAUCAAGCCUUGCGACACAUCAGCGAACUCACACAGGAGAAAAGCCCUAUGAAUGCAGGGACUGUGAAAAGGCCUUCUCCCAGAAGUCGCAAUUGAACACUCACCAGAGAAUCCACACUGGGCAGAAACCCUAUGAAUGUUUUUGUGGGAAAGCUUUUUUUGAGAAGUCAGAGCUAAUUAGACAUCAGAGAACUCAUACGGGAGAAAAGCCAUUUGAAUGUAAUGAAUGUAGAAAAGCCUUUAGGGAAAAGUCAAGUCUCAUUAAUCACCAGCGAAUACAUACAGGGGAGAAGCCCUUCGAAUGCAGUGAAUGUGGUAAAGCCUUCUCUCGGAAGUCGCAUCUUAUACCUCAUCAGAGGACACAUACAGGUGAGAGACCUUACGGAUGCAGUGAGUGUCGGAAGGCCUUCUCUCAGAAAUCACAGCUUGUCAAUCAUCAGAGAAUUCAUACUGGGGAGAAGCCGUUUCGAUGCAAUGAAUGUGGGAAAGCCUUCUCACAGAAAUCACAGCUCAUUAAUCAUCAGAGAACUCACACAGGGAAGAAAUCCUAGGGAUGCAGUUCAUGGAGGUCAUGCAGGAGGUUGUGCAGGGCAUGCUUUCAGCAUCAGUGCAGACUGGAGUGAGCUGAGCAUGCAGUGGAUCUCAGCCUUUCACACCCUACUCGAGCCUUACAGAGGAGGAAAUUACAUCAAAGUGAAGUAAUCCUCAUACUUCUUAUCUGAGACCUUCCCAGAGGUCAUGUUUCACUAAUUAUUAUAAAUAUUACCACAAGGGGCGAGGGAAAGUUCUAUAGAUCCAGCAAGGGAGGCUGUAUUUUUAUCAAGAAGUGACAGUUAAUUGCAUGUAAAGAAAUACUAAAUAUAGGACAAACAUUAGCCAGUAAUCCAAUUGCAUUUUAUUUUGGAUGGUUCAAGUUACAAACCUUGAAGACACUAGAAACCUGUGUCCCUAGAAAUAAUGCUUCAGAGGGAAGAUAUAUACUUUCAUAGAUGGGACCAAAAAUAGCCACUUCUGUUUGACAGAUACUCCUUUUGAAAUAUGAAAUGUUAAAACUAUGUGACUGAUUUAAUCACCGAAUCAUCUGAGAAACUUAAUUGCAUUAUGGCUGUUUUCCUUUGUCACACAUUUAACCUUUUGGUAUCACAGUUGCCAGUUUACUUGGGAGCAUGAACUACAUACAUUUUACAGUGCCUCUGAUGUCUGUCAUAAUACCAGUUUUUCUGUGUUGUUACUAUAAAAAUGAGGAAUUGAUACAAGUUGGCUAUUGCUGAAUGAGUGGGUUAAGUAACAGUACCAUACUUUUUUCUAAUUUGCUGUCACAUAUAAGAGACCUGCUGUUAGUAGUAGCUUCACUAAGCACAGGAACCACAGAAUAGCAGUAGUAAUGUAUAUAAUACUGCGUGAUCAAAAGAAAAGUACCUCCACUUAAUCACUCAGCACUCAGUGAAUGGUAGUAGUGCUGUGAAUGACUGUUUUCUUCAGUGAGAAGCGUCAGUUAACCAAGUGUAUUUGUCUUAAAUGCCGUGUAGCCCAAGUACAACUUAUGUUAUGAUAUAUGAGUGUUUUGUGCUGCUGUUACUUUUGGUGUUUCAUACACUAUCUUGAAAGUUAGAUGGAUAAGCUGCAUUAAUAAUCAUUGCUUAGAAGAUAUAAAAUAUAAAGGAUUUUGUGGUGAGGAAAUACCCUUUACACAUUCAUGGAAGUGUAUUUUGCCUUGGAAAUUUCUGUGAUACUGAACAAAUAUUAAAUAAGACAUUAUUACUUGAAA